CUCCCAGGUCCGCGGUGGGAACUGCGCCCUCUCCCUUCGUGAUCCCUGACCCGCCCGCCCUCGCUCCCUCCUUCCCUCCCUCUCUCCCUCCCUCCCACUCGCCGCUGCUUCUGCCUCUGCGCCCCGCUCGGGAGAGCAGCCGCCGGCUCCGGGAUGGGGUCUCGGGCCUCCACGCUGCUGCGGGACGAGGAGCUCGAGGAGAUCAAGAAGGAGACGGGCUUUUCCCACAGUCAGAUCACCCGCCUCUACAGCCGCUUCACCAGCCUGGACAAAGGAGAGAACGGGACUCUCAGCCGGGAAGACUUCCAGCGGAUUCCAGAACUUGCUAUCAAUCCAUUGGGGGACCGGAUCAUCAAUGCCUUCUUUCCCGAGGGAGAGGACCAGGUAAACUUCCGUGGAUUCAUGAGAACGUUGGCUCAUUUCCGACCCAUUGAGGAUAAUGAAAAAAGCAAAGAUGUGAAUGGACCAGAACCUCUCAACAGUCGAAGCAACAAAUUGCACUUUGCUUUUCGACUCUAUGAUUUGGAUAAAGAUGACAAGAUCUCCCGUGAUGAGCUGUUACAGGUGCUACGCAUGAUGGUUGGAGUGAAUAUCUCAGACGAGCAGCUGGGCAGCAUUGCAGACAGGACCAUCCAGGAGGCUGACCAGGACGGAGACAGUGCCAUAUCAUUCACAGAAUUUGUUAAGGUUUUGGAGAAGGUGGAUGUAGAACAGAAAAUGAGCAUCCGAUUUCUUCACUAAAGGGCAGAGAGCAAACUGUUCCUUGCUUUCUAGUAUUUAAGAACUGGAAUUGAAGCAUCCUCCUGUCCACCAGCCCUACAUCCGCUUCCACGGCCCUCUGCCCCUGAAGUACUAUUACUGUUGCAUGACAACCCCAAAUACGUUGCAUCAACACACACCUGCCUUUGGUGUCUAAACAGGGCAUUACAGAAUGGUACACAGUUUCUUUCUGAUCCUCUUAUUUGCCGGUGAUCUCCAAUUAAACAUCUCCCCCUGUUCGGCUGCUGAAUGCCACGUAUACAUCCAGUCUGAGAAAGUGAGCAAGGGACUCCUGUCAAGAAUCUGCCAGCAAAGUUCUCUCCUUGGCCAUUGGCCACCGGAGCCAGCAAGCUUUCCCUCCAGGCUGGCUGCUUUCUCCAUCCUGUGCUCCCAACUUCUGCCAGCCAGGUCUCCCUCAGACUCCCUGCUUUGUGUCAAGCCUCAGUCCCCCAUCUGUUCUGCAUGGCACCCCAAACUCUGCUGGUAAAUAGUUCUGUGGUUUGGCCAUUUUUAUCUACCUUAAAGUGAAUCUCCGGGAUGUUGCUUCUACAGAGGAACCACACUUUUCUCAGAAUUGUGUGACCUGCUCUGUGCACUCUGCUGUCUUGUGAAGUAUGUUUGGGGAAGGUUCUUGAGAGGUGGUGGCCAUGAUGAAACUCAUGUGGAGCCUCUAGGCGGCUUGUCCAGGUUGCUCUCCCUCUGACCUCUGAUUCCCAGAAGUCUAAUCUUAUGGCUCCUCCUGUUAGUCCCUUAGCAUGGUGGUGGCUUCAGAAACACAUUUGCCUGCAGCAUGGCUUAUUUUGGGAACACCAUAACACCAGAAUGGCUAUGGUGACCAUAUGCUUGGGGACUUUCACACAGCUAUUUGUGCAAAGAGGCUGAGUACCCCAAACACCUCCUAUAUUCCCACCUCUACAGCAUGGUUUAUGCCUCAGUAUUAUGUACCCUGGAAUAUUUUUCACUUCACCUUCCAAUAGAAAGAUUAGUGUUAUGGAAGUGCCUCAUUUAUCCCAAUCCAAGAGAUUUAAAGAUUGUCCUCAGUAUCUUGAAGCUUUGCACAAAAUUCUCUAUUAAUUGAUAUUUGGCAAAUAUUAAUAUUAUGCUGGAAGCCAUAGUCAGCUCCUAAUACAGGUACAAAGUGUUGAAUGUAUCAGAUCAUUAGCCACCUGCUAACACUGACCUCGUAGCUCCUCUUAUAGAUCUUUGCUUAUCCCUUAUAAACACGAGGUCUGGCGCUGGUAGAACAAACUUAGAAGGCAUUAAAGGCCUUUGCAUGAGCCAGAGCCGUUUCUUUGUCUAUGUCAGCUAGUAUUGACCUCACUGAAUCAGGCUGCUGUCAUCUUAAUUGUCUGUCUGUCUGUCUGAGUCUCCUCAUCAUGUAUCUCGCCGGGACUGGCUCUCUCUGAUUCAUUGCUUGCUUGCUUGCUUGCCUCCUUGCUUUGGAAGGCUCUACCAGACUGUGUAUGCACCAUAGUUCAGGAUAGGGGUUGCUGAAGCAAACUAACCCAAGAUAGAGAAGAGUGGGGUCAGGAGUAGCCAGGCUGGAGGACUCCAGUAGAAAUGACUGAGGAAUUCUUGACGAAGUAUUAGUCUGACUUUGUAAUCAAGUGAUGUAAUAUAGGAAUUUUAUGAAAGGGAAGAAUGACACUGAUCUAUUAGGUACUUCAGAGGCUCCUUGACUUAAAAGUCCUGAAGAUUAUGGAUUUUUCCUUUUUGGCUGUAUAUCAAACCAUUUUAAUCCACAGUUGUGCCUUAUUGUUCCAUUAAAAUUGUAUUCUUCAGUCCAUCAAUAAAUAUUUGUGGUUAAAACAAAAUAA